CCGCAAGUAAACACAAAACACUGGAGGAAAACGCUCGUGUCAGUCGCCAUAGUGCGCUCGGUGCGGGGGGAAGAAGUGCUGCGGGAGUGAGCGUUGCCCGUGUGUGUGUGUGUGUGUGUGUGUGUGUGGUUUUUUUUUCCCGAGCGAGCUCGCGAGCCGCGGGCGCCAGCUGACUUUGCGCCGGAGCGAUGCAGGGAGAGGCGGAAGUGAAGUCACUUGACAGACCGUCCAUGUUACUAUUGUUAUUUUGGUAGCCCUGUGAUGAGACGCGCUGGGGAGCCGUUGGUCUCCGAGACGACGACGACCGCUAACGCCGCCGCAGGCCGGCCCCGGACCGACACCACCCUCGGCACCGACGCCGCCACCCCGCCGACCCGGAGACAGGAGCCUCGGCUGACGGCUGACGGCUGGGGGGCGGGCGGAGGGAUGAGGAGGAGGAGGGUGUGAGGACCCAGCUCCAGCUCGGCUCCGGUUCACUCCGAACGACCAGAAAUUACAACGGCGACAAAAACAAUAACGGCGUCCGUCCAAACGGCUCCGGGCUGUUGUCGUGUCGCAGGGACGUGCCGCCGCAGACAUGAACGGCAUCACCAAGGGCCGGUUCGAGGUGUUCUCAAACAGCGAUGAAGCCCCCAUUAACAAGAAGCUCCCUAAAGAGCUUCUUCUUAGAAUAUUCUCCUAUUUAGACGUGGUUACGCUCUGUAGGUGUGCCCAAGUGUCCAAGGCGUGGAAUGUCCUGGCCCUCGAUGGCAGCAACUGGCAGAAGAUCGACUUGUUCAACUUCCAGACGGACAUAGAGGGGCGGGUGGUGGAGAACAUUUCGAAGCGUUGCGGUGGCUUCCUGAGGCAGCUGAGCCUCAGGGGCUGUCUGAGUGUGGGAGAUGCCUCCAUGAAGACGUUUGCCCAGAACUGCAGGAACAUUGAAGUGUUGAACUUGAACGGCUGCACCAAGAUCACAGACAGCACCUGCCUCAGCCUCAGCAAGUUUUGCUCCAAACUCAAACAGCUCGAUCUCACCUCCUGUGUGUCCAUCAGCAACCACUCCCUCAAGGCUCUCAGUGACGGCUGCAGAAUGCUGGAGAUGUUGAACCUGUCGUGGUGCGACCAGAUCACACGUGACGGCAUUGAAGCCCUCGCUCGAGGCUGCAUCGCCUUACGAGGACUGUUCCUCAGAGGCUGCACACAGCUGGAAGAUGGAGCAUUGAAACACCUUCAGAAACACUGCCCCGAACUCAUGUCUAUCAAUAUGCAGUCUUGCACGCAAAUUACAGACGAUGGCCUGGUCAGUCUGUGUCGAGGAUGCCACAAGCUCCAGAUUCUGUGUGUGUCUGGCUGCAGUAACAUCACGGAUGCCUCCCUCACAGCGCUGGGACUCAACUGUCCCCAACUUAAGAUUCUUGAAGCUGCACGAUGCUCACAUGUCACGGACGCUGGGUUCACUGUGCUGGCCAGGAAUUGUCACGAGCUUGAAAAAAUGGACUUAGAAGAAUGUAUUUUGGUGACAGAUAACACCCUGGUUCAGCUGUCUAUCCACUGUCCUCGCCUGCAAGCACUGUCCCUUUCCCACUGCGAACUGAUCACAGACGAUGGCAUCAGAGCUCUGAGCAGCAGUACCUGUGGCCAAGAGCGCCUCACGGUGGUGGAGCUCGACAACUGCCCCCUCAUCACUGACGUUACCCUGGAGCACCUGAAGAGCUGCCACCGUCUGGAGCGCAUCGAGCUCUACGACUGUCAGCAAGUCACCAGGGCUGGCAUCAAACGCAUCCGGGCCCACCUUCCAGAGAUCAAGGUCCACGCCUACUUUGCUCCAGUGACUCCCCCUCCCUCUGUACAUGGAGGUGGCCAGCGUCUGUGCCGCUGUUGCAUCAUCCUCUGACAGUGGAGGGCCAGGGGGGGCCACCUCUGUCUACAGGUCCUGCUGCUCUGAUAUGGGCUGAAAUGGGGUUUGGUGGGUGGGGGGACUGGGAUAGGUGUAGGGGAGAGGAGGGGCUGGACCCACUCACUGCUCCUGAUCACUGAUCAAUACGUACACUUAUCACCACUGAUCCCUGAUCAGUUGAACCCACCCCUCCUCUCUCCUCUUGCUCACCAAUCAGCUUUGCAGCAGCCCCAGGUUUUGGGGUGAAGGGGGUCGGGGGAAGGAACGUAGAUGGAUGGACUCUCUCUUUUUUCUCUCUUUCUCUCUCUCUCUCACACUGUCUCGCUGUCAGGACAAAAACAGGUUCUCCUCUCCAUCCUGCUUCUCACACCCGGGACUCCUCGGCUGUGGGUGUAGAGGACGUCAUCGGGGCAGCUGGAGAUGGAGGGUCUGAGCAGUGGAACAACAAUGCAUCAUGUUCAAACUUUAAAAAACAAACAAAAAGACGAUAAUGUCAUCUUGGAAAACAGUUCGCUCUCCGUGGAUUAUCCUCUCAACCAAUCACAUGACACCUCUAUGUGACCAUUCUGUGAUUCAUUCUGCUUUGACCAAUACACACGAAGCAUGGAGGUAGAGCAGAGCUGGGUCAUAGGAAAUGCAGAUCCUCUGGAUAUUAACAGCGAUGCUUUGGCACAGCCAGCUCAGCUCUCCAGUGUGGAAGAGUUGGGAAGUACAGGAUGGGACAUAUGACCUAUUUGCGCAUCUGAGAAACUCCUGUUGACAUUUUGAUUCUGUUUGUACAGAGAAUGUUUUGCAAUGGAAAAAAAAGAAUUACACUUAUGGCAACUCGCUCAAAAUUGGGGUAGGCCAACAAAAUACUGUUUAAUUUCUUUUCAGUGCUUAUUGUAAUUGUCCAUGCCUCUAAGUCCAGAGAGGGAGAUAUGUUUGUUAUUCUUUUUGAAGGGGAAAAGAAGAAACUGGACCUAUGAUUCAGACCUUCAGCAACUAAAAGCAUUAUGUAAACUCUGUGUGCUAUUGGGAUGAGUGGCCCCCACUGUGUACUGCGUGGUUAUGUUGGCUCAUAGGCCCUGAUCCGUUCCUGUCAGUACCCCUGUGCACAAGCUCCUACUUGACCACUUAAGCAUUUGUUUACACCCUAGAUUAGGUUAACCCCAGAGAGAAACUUGUUUACAUCGGGAGGUUUCCGUUCCCCCUGCAGUUUAAAGUAAGUUCAGCAACACUGAUACAGCUGUGAUAAACCCACAGUUUUUAAGUGGAGUAUGAAGUUUGUUAUUCAAAUUUACUGCUGUGCAUAUUUGGAUUUCAAUCAGGGCUAAUAUUGGUGCAACUUUGCUUCAAAAUGAAAUGGAAAUUUGCUUUAAAUUGAGAUUAAAGACAUUAGAACAUUAACAAAGGCACCUCACUGUUAUGACAAUCACAUGAAUUUAUGUAUUUGAAUGUUAAUUUUGUGUAGUUUGGUAUAAUUGGCAGGUUACCGCCGUUGUAAGAAAUAAUGAACUGACUAAAUUUAGCAUACUUCACUUGCUAAAUGCUCCAAACAGCACGAGGAAAUGUUUAGAAGAGGCAUUCGACACAGGUCUGGUGAGAACUCAAUUCCCACUCAUCUACAAAAUGUCUGACAACAGGAAUAUGAUAUGCAGUGAAGGCAAAGCCCCAGAACCAAUAGAUUAUUGGAAUCUAUACAGUCAAUCCCUCAGAUCAGCAGGAUCUAAAUAUGAUCUGUUUUUCCCUGGCAAAGUUACUAAUGUGUGCGGCAUGGAAUACCACCACUCAAAACACUGAAAAUGCAACAAAAAUAGAUGCAGCUUGCAAUAUUGUGCUAAAAUAACCUGGCAAGUGCAAAACAACAUGGGGAGAUUGGCAGGACUAUGGAUGGGACUGAAACAAAGGAGAGCAGACAGAAAGAUAAAGAUGGACAUAGCAGGCUGUGACACUAAUGCCCUCUCUUCGACAGUUGCUUUAACAGUUUUAUGUUUAUGAAAAUAAAGAAGUAAAUGGAAAAAAAUAAAAUAAAUGAAUAAAUAAAAGUGACUAAUAGUAAAUGUG